AUGUCCGCCGCGCCGUCAGUCCGAGGGGCCCUUCUAGCCUUGAUAUCCUGAGUAAAAACGUCCCCACACCAGAGUCAAGUUGGGGAUUUUGCAACACAAACCUUGAAGUUUUGGAAGCCACGCAUGACAAAUUGCAGGCUGUAUUGUAGUGCAGUUUAGUAAGGGAAGUCGCAUUACAAAUCCAUCUGCUUAUCCUGUUUACAGCAUUACAAGUUCCAAAACACGAGCGGGAAUGCCUAUCAUGGGGAUGCGCGUUACAAGUCUUCCUGUCUUUGCAAAUCUGCAUUACAACUCUGGCGUGGGACCGUUUUUACUCAGGAUACUUGAAUGUGUUGAUCUAUCUCGUUCUGUACCGGCUGAAGCAGUCUGAAAUAUCAAAGUGAAAAAAGCCCCCACCCCAUAUCGGAAACCGAAGAUGCGCGAAUUUGUGAUGCUGUAUUUGAGUACACAAAUCGACUUGUAUUGCUAGAAGGCCAAGAGACGAAGCUGCGGCCUAAAUUGCAGGCAAUCUGUCUUGCUGUUUCCCAAUUCCAGUUGCCUCCUGUCAUCCUGGAGCUGCAAGGCUUUCCCACGCUGGACAGCACUACUGUCCGCAUCUUUUGCCUUCUAGCAUCACAAAGCUGAUUUGUGACCACAAACCUGCAUCACAGAUUUCCGUUUUGAUAUGGGGAGGGGGCAUUUUUCAUUGUAAUAUGAAACGAACCUGGUGUUGUGCACCCUAGAAACGCCGAAAGGGGCCGCGGCCAGUAUCUCAUCUGCCGGCGGCGGUGCUGCGGUUGGUACCGCGACUGCAGGGACACCACCUGCAACAAAUAUUAGUACUACAACAAAGAGUAGUACUCUGGCUGCAGUUCAUCUUCCAGCAGAGAGCACGAAGGCGCCGGCGAUCGGAGGUGCAGCUGCGCCCACUUUAAUAGAGCAAGAAAAGAAUGCAGCUCUGCAAGAAGCUACAACAACGACAGCAGCACCGGCGGUUGCCGCAGGAAUUCCACUUCGAGACGCGGCGACAGCUGCACCGCGGUUCAACAUUACUUUUUCACAGGCGUCGAAGGAGUUCGUGCCAUGUACGCGCGCGUCGCAGAGUCAAAGCUCGCGGCCCGGCACGCCGUGCAUGCCGCCCGCGAAGCGCUACCCCUACAAAAGCUGGACGCCGUGGCGUGCGGAGCUCGGGGAACGCAUUCUCGCCGCGGUCACGCCCGAGGGGGCUGAGGCGCUUGAGAAGAAGUGCAACGGGUGGACGUUGUUUGGAGACAGCACCUGGUGCAACAAAGCCGUGAAGCCGGAAAACUGGAGCGGAGUUCCAGGUACUGCAGUCGGCCUGUCUUUCGGGGUGGAGGAGCGGGAUCUGUGGAGCGAAAAAAUGAGUAAUUGGUUCAAAGUCCCCCUGGUGCAGCUGUUCGAUUGCUUCCAGGACCCCGGGAAGUCGCCGGCGCUGACGGGGCGGGCGAAUCCGCCGGCGGACACGGGGGAGUGCAACGACAACGGACCGCACUGCUAUUCCGGGCGGUACGAGGGCUACCAGGUCUGCCUUUCCGAACCGGCUAGGGAUGCUAUCACGAAGGUGAAGAAGAUUGAGCCAGGGACUUCGCUGAACAGCACGGGCAUCUACCAAUUUGUGCAGGGCGACGAGUCGAGGGAGCUCGACAGGUGGCGACGGAACUACACGACCUUGUCGAACGUGCUGGAGCACUGGCGGCAGCGACCACCGGUCGCGGUGCCUACUAAAAGUGUUAAUACUCCUGCAGUUGUUGAACAACCUUCUGCAGCCGCUGGGAAAAAUGAUUCGAAUCCGCCGGGAAGCAAACCUAAGUUGUCGGUCUUUUUGAAGAUUGAUGUAGAGGGGUCCGAAUGGGGUGUGUUAGAAAAACUUGCAGCGCCGGAACACGAGAUGGAUCGAAACUUGAUUCGGACACUGGACAUGGAGGUGCACUUCGGCAGCAAUACCGAUCCGCGCAAGAAGGAGUUCGGCAAUAAUGCCAAGGGGGGCAUCAGCUUCGAAGUGAGCAUCCUGGAGCGGUUGAGGAAGUACUUUUAUGUCACCGGCUCCACUCUCGAGGUGUAUCGAGAAGGCUGGCACCCGGACAAGGACUGUCCACAGAGUAACUGCGAUGAGCCGAUGCUGCACUUGGCGGGGGGCAUGGGCAUGGCCGCCUUUGCAGUCAGCUACGUUAACAAAGCGCUCGUGGACGGAAGUUAAGGAAGUUCAGGCUUUUCAAUAAGCCCUUUUUUUGCCGCGAACACGAAGGAUUUUGAAUCUGUGUAAAAUGACUCGGCUCAUUUCUCGCAUGAAGCGGAAGCGAUGCGAAGAAGGUCACAGACAGAUGAUUUUAUCCCUUUUUGUCAGGAGGGACCACAAAGAAAUAGACUCGGCAGUGUAGUUGGACGAAGCAAU